CCCACCGCGGCCACUGGCACCAGCGUCACCCCCGUGCCCACCGCGGCCACUGGCACCAGCGUCACCCCCGUGCCUACCGCAGUCACCGGCACCUUCAUGACCCCCCGGGAUCUGCGGGAGAGGAGCAUGAACACAUCUGCGGGCAGUUUCCCCUGUGCCAAGGACAGCGCUGCCGAAACAGACUCCCUGCUUUGGCACUGUCCCCGGGAGCAGCUGAAGUCCCUGCCACGGGCAGAGCUGGAGGGGCGGCUGGAGAGCACCCUCAUCAUCAUCGAAGCCCUCUCGCUCCAGCUGCGUGACUGGCAGGAAAGCCAGCGGCUGCUGCCUGGCGUGGGGCCGGCCGAGCAGAGGGACGUGCUCACACAGACAGAUGUCACCCACCCCAAAGGGGAGGAGGAGAUCUAUCGCAAUCUCUACCUCGAGCUGCGGAGGAAAAUGGAGGCUCUGCAGCGGCAGCGGGGAGCGGAGCAGGACCUGCAGCGGGAGCUGGAGCUAACCACCGCGGGGACGGUGCGUCUCGGCUGGCUGGCAUGCGAUGAGUGCUCCAGGCCCCCCCUGGCCACUCUGCAGGAGCGCAGCCUGCAGUACAAGGAGCUGAUGGACUCCCACCAGCGCCUGCGGGAAGAGCAGACUGCCCUCGGCCAGGAGCUGGAGAGCACCAAGGCCGAGCUCCUCGACUUGCAGCUCAAGAGGGACAAAGUCUCCUGGUGCUCCACGGACAUCGCCGAGAGCAAGAUGCGGCUGCAGGAGCUCGCCGAUUGCCUCAGGGCUGCUCUGCAAGAGGAGGAUGAUGCCCCAACGAGAAGCAGAGCCUGGACCCCGGCUCCACGGACGCCAGGCUGGCAGACACCCCGCCGUGCCUGGACCCCCGCCUGCCGCACGCCGGCAUGCCGCACCCCGUACUGCGCCGGGGGCUCCUUCGUGGGCAGCGUCCUGAAAGCGGUGUCGGGGAAAGAGCCUGAGGAUGGUCUGCUGGAGAGCGUGAAGGAGCUGAGAGCUGUGGUCUCCGACCUUGCCAUGCUGAGCUCCCGUAUCCAGGAGCUGGAGCAGAGCGAGUUCAAGGCGCUGCAGAGAGAGAUCUCCGACCUGCAGCUCCGGCUGGAGACUGUGACGGCUGAGAGCCAGGAGAAGAUGGAUGCCCAGGCUGCUGCUAUCGCCAAGCUGAACAAGGCGCUGAGGGGCAAGCUAGAGAACGAGAAGGAGCUGCAGGACGUGGUGAAACAGCAGGAAGAGAAGAUGCUGCAACUCAUUGACAAGAGCGGGGAAGUCACGAGGCUGAAGGGAGAGGUCUCCCAGCUGAAGCGCUCGCUCCAACGCGCGGAGACGGAGGCCAAGGUGCUGUGGGAGGAGAUGCGGGGGCAGGAGCCCAAGGUGGAUGCCGCCUAUGUCCAGGAGCGAGUCCUGCUGCGGCAGGAGGUGGACAAACUGCGGCUGCUGCUCCUGGAGAAGGAGGGUGAGAAUCUGCUGCUCUCCGACAAGUACCUGGAGCAGGUCCGAGGGCUGGAGCUGAGGCUCCAUCACGCCCAGAAAGUGCUGAGGACACAUGAGGAGAUGCAGGAGAAGAUGAAAGAGGUCCUGUCAGCCGUCCCUGACGUGGCAGCAGGCUGCCAGGAACUCCACAGCCUGCUGCGGUACUUGGGCCUGAAGACGGCCAGUGGCAGCUCCAUCGCCGCCGCCCUCUCGGACCGCCUGCCCGACGGCCAGCUCGGCCCUGACGCCCGGAGGCACUUGAAAUCCAGCCUGGGUACGGACAUGUGCCCCAGCCCCAUUCCCUGA